CCACCAAUCUACCGGGCGUAACCAAUGUUGAGCAAACACAACCCUGCAGAGGGAACGGGUGGCAGCAGAGUACAUAUAUGACAGCCACAAGUUUGUUUUCUCUCAAUCACCAUAGGCUUGCCUACAAUGUCCGUCCAAGAUAGACGUACGAACCCCGGCAUCCAACGUGGACUGGCAAGGACGACACCGACGUUGAUUGGUCAGCCGGUUCUUUUCACAGCAGGCCCGUAUGCUGGUCGGGUUAUCCGUGCCGACCUCGUGGAAUUACAGAAGGCCGACCUGGGUCGAAAAUGUGGAAUCAGGGACAGGCGGCCUGUCGACCCUCCACCCGUUCUGCGCCUCAGACUCUACGAGGUCAGCGACGUAGAUACCGCUGCUCAGCGGGAAGAGGAGCUCGUGCAUCUGUCUGAGGUAGACACGCAUGGGUUCAUAUGCCACGUCGACUUGUUUCCGAACCCUAUGCCGACUUCCACUCUGCAGACCACAGCUCUCGUGGUGACGGAGCAAGCAGGUUCAUCAACGGCAUCAGCUGCCUACUAUACACAGCAUGAACAACACCUCACGAGUACUACUGAACCCAGUCCCCGUCUCUCUGCGGCCUGCCCAGUGGCCAAUACAGCAUCCUCGCUCUCUGAUGGCGGGCAACAACCGGAGCUGCACCAUGGCGGGCCUGGAGAAAGAACACGACGUACUAGGCCUGGCUCGUAUGCCAGCGACGGAUUACCUGGUCAGGUAGCCACGUACGUGAACGGCGUUCCGGUCCUAGAAAGCAGCCGAUGCACCCAACUCAUCGCGGGCACCCUGUUUUCGGCGUCCUCCUGUAUCGAGUACCAGAGAGCGGCGCAGCUUAUGUUCAUCUUUUCGGACCUUGCCGUGAGGGAAGACGGGGACUACUUCCUUCGGUACAGAACAUUCAACACGCUGUACAGCGCCGCUGGCAGUAGCCCCAUCCCAAUUCUCGCCGAAUGUUACGGCGGGCCGUUCAAAGUCUACAGCACCAAGGACUUCCCCGGUCUUCGCGCGUCCACCGAACUCACCAAGCACAUCUCUCACUACGGCGUCGCAUCAACGCGCGCGUGUCCGAGCGCAAGCGGCGCAAGAGUUCGCAUGUGGCGGACCGGCCGAGGGACCACCAAAGAGAGAUACUCCCUGCAUCGUCUCCGCCGGACCGUCACAUGCCGGGCCGUCCUCUACCAACGAUGCUCAGCCGCGCUGGGCUCAUGGUUAUCGGCGGGGCUGAGGGAGUACCUUCUGAUCAUCGAGUUUGAAGCCUGAGGCCUGAGGUUCCAGGGACCGCGUGCACAUCCACCCCUCACGUAGUAGUAAACCAGUCCGUCCUUAAUUCCGUCGCAUCGAGACGCCGAAAGAUAGUAUUCGACGAUUCUCGCAUUGUAUACCAUGUCCAUACUAUAUUACCCAUAUGUCCGUUCACAGGCGAAUUGUCUUUAACUGUACGCAAAAGGGUACCUUUCCAGUCACGCGGGAAGCACAGUAUGUAAGUGUUACAUGGCAAUGGGCCG